AUGGUGGAAGAAGAAAAUGAAAUUGAACGUCGAAUCUUCCAUCUCUGUCAAGGUUUUCAUGUUCCGCUUUUUGAGAAGGAUUUGCAAGUUGAGAAAACUAUCCAGAAUCUUUAUCGGAAUUUCAAAAUCUUUCUGCAAGCAAAGGCAACUCAUGAUAAAGGUAAAAGACAUCCUAGUGCAAUAGAAGAAGGCCUUCCUCCGCAAGUGACAUCUUCACAUAAUAAAUUAUUGGAGCAAUUGGCUAAUAUUGACCAGUUACUGGCUGAUCGUUCUUCUCGUUAUCUUCUAAGUGAAUCAAUGACUGAAUAUGACUGUGAGAUUAUGCCACGUUUGCAUCACAUUCGUAUCAUUGGAGAACGCCUUCUGAAUUUUUACAUUCCACGUCAAUUCACACAUUUAUGGGCAUAUAUAUUAACUGCAUAUCGAACAGCUGCUUUUAUUGAAUCCUGUCCGGCUGAUCAAGAUAUUUUGCAUCAUUAUAAGGUAUAUUUACUUUUUAAAAAUAAGUAA